AUGUACGCCGCCAGCUGGUACCCGAAAUCGGUCGAUUACAACGUGCCGUCGGCCACUUGCCUCCUGAGGAUCAAGCGGGACAUCCAGGAGAUCAAGGCCGACCCGUUGCCCGGAAUCUACGUCUCGCCCGAGGACAACGACCUGAGCAAGCUGCACGCCAUCGUGGUGGGGCCUUCGGGAACGCCCUACGAAGGCGGCUUCUUCCACUUCUUCCUGAAGUGCCCGUCAGGCUACCCGAUGCAGCCGCCUUACGUGCGCCUGGUGAACACGGACGACGGUAGCGUGCGGUUCAACCCGAACUUCUACGCUUUUGGAGAGCUGUGCCUUGACAUUCUGGGCACUUGGUCGGGUUCCGCCUGGAGUCCGGUGCAUACCAUAGGCACCGUGCUGCUCUCUAUCCAGUCGCUACUUAACAAGGAACCGUACUACAACCUCUCCGGACAAACAAGGGGCAUAUUCUUCGACGGCUGCAAAAGCUACAAUGAGAGGUUGCGACACGAAACCAUCAGGGUCGCCGUCUGCGACGCCGUAGAGGCCUGUCUGCACGACGAUCCUCCGUGUCCGCCGGAUCUUGUGGCGGCCGUCUUGAAGGCAUUCGCCGAGUACUACGACAAGUACGAGAAAAAUGUCGCAGAGCGGCUCUACCUUACCGGGACCAAGAUGUCCGGGGGCGAGCUGGGUCCGAAUGUGAAUGACGCCACCUUUCAGUACGAGACACUGCUGACGCGGCUCCAGGAACUGAAAGAACACGUCAGGAAGAAGCUCCAGGAUGAAGCGAAUGCGCGAUUGGGUAACCCUAACGCUGAUUCCAAUAAUGGACAGUGA